CCGACUCAGCCAUAUUGAAAUAUUGAAUGUCUCUGUUACACAAGGGCUCAAGAGUAGCCGUGAAAUUUUCGCGUGAUCCUCGACGAAGAGAGGAUAAGAGACAUCAUGGAAAGUAUGUACAGUAUCACCGUCACCAACAAAUUCUCGUUAGCGUUGGGUGAUGACGAAGAUCCACACGAGAAGCUCCGAGAAGAGGAACUAAAGAAGGAAGCUAGGAAAAAGGAGAAGCUUUCGGAGAAGGAGAAUAAGAGUAAGCAGCCGGAUGCGCAAAAGGGAACCGGUAAUAAAACGCAAAAAAACCGCGUGAUCAAAGAUGCCCAGCAACAAGCAUCUAAAGUGCAAGACUCAAAGAAAGAUCAAGGUUAGUAAUUUUUCAUUACGUUCUUGCCUCGUGCGCGGUAUUAUGGCCGUCGCACUGCUCCUCGUGGGUCCAUGUAGUUUAGACGAGGACCUCCUGGUGAGGGACGUGAAACUCGAGAAUUUCGAAAUUCCAAUGAUAAUCAACGCGGAGAUUAUGGAGAGCGCAGGGGUCGCGGUGGCAUGCGCGGAAUGGUGCGUGGUCGUGGGGGACCACGUGGUCGCGGAGGAUACGACUACCGUGGAAAACGUGAAUUCGAUCGUCAAUCUGGCUCUGAUAAAACUGGAGUUAAACCAGUGGAUAAGAAGGAUGGUGCUGGUAGCCAUAACUGGGGUACCCAUAAUGAUGAAAUUGAAGAAAGUUUGAACCAAGAGAGUCAAGAUUGGGCUAAUGAGAAACCUGAUGCAGAUGCCAACCAAACGACCACAGAGGUGAAAGAGGGAGAGGCAACUGCUGAUGCAGUGGAAGAGAAGCCGGUUGAGGAACUGACAUUGGAUGAGUAUAAGGCUAUUCUUAAUAACAGAGUGAAGCCUCAAUUCAAUGUGCGUAAAGCUGGAGAGGGUGAAGAUUUGACUCGUUGGAAAAAGAUGUACGCGCUGCAAAAGAAGAAAGAGGGUGCCGAGGAAGAGGAAGAAGAAGAGGAAGAAUACGAUGCUGCAGCAGAGUAUCCUCAACGCGUUGGAAGGCAAAAACGCGUGUUAGGUAUCGAGAUACAGUUCAGUGAUUCUCGGCGUGGUUCUGGUGGACGUGGCCGAGGACGGGGUCGUGGCGAACGUGCAAAUGGUCGUGGAUUUGGUAAUCGCGGUGCUCCUAGAGAUGGAGACACACGUGGUCCGGCUCCACAAUCUGAACAAAGGUCGCCCCGGGGACGUCAAAAUGCUCCAAAAGUAGAUGACGAGAAUGACUUCCCUUCAUUGGGAUAGGUGGUUUUGCUUGUCGUCUACAACACUAUCCCACCAUUACCACCACCAUCAGUACUACUACCACAGAUAAAAUUACCACUAAUACUAAAACUAUUACUAUCAACAUUUUUGCGUCAGUGACAACGUUAUUAAUGCAUAAUACAGUACACCCUUGCAAAAUGAGAUACGUAAUUUACCUAAAUAAAUCGGUAGCGCUUUGGAUGCGCUCUUACAUAUUGGCACGUUAACGUUAUACAUAAGAAGUCGCAUGAUAUGAACAAUGUAGAUCACGAUCCUUUUUUGUACUUGUAAUAACUCUGUUUGUCCGUAACUAGUUUCGAAUGGCUAGUUCACAGAUGAACGGUAUUAAAAACCAGAGGCUGGAUAUUCAAUGGACUUGUUAAAUAAUCGUGAAACUUGAUUAAAAUACUAGACAAAGAAUAUGGCUGAAAA